AUGACAGAAACCUUUUUGUUUGUCUAUGCAUCAGCCGAAUUAAUUCUAGCAGCACAAAUUGCAAUAAGCAACUUUUUAGUUAUUUUUGUAUAUCUCCGGUCAAAGCAUAUUAGAACACCUACAAAUGCUUAUAUUUUUAGUUUAGCUCUAACUGAUUUUCUUACAGGUGCACUUGGAAUUCCUUUUACUGUAGCUUCAGUAUUAACUCGUUGGCCUGGUUCUUUUUACCCUUGCCUUGCCAUACAUUUAAUUUUGUGUGUUUUGUGUACAGUUUCUACACUUCAUUUACUAGCAAUGGCAGUAGAUAAAUACUUAACUAUAUGUUUGAGAAGGUUUGUUGAGCAGCGCAAUUCUUCCUCAACCUCUGUUCGCAAAACACGCGCACAUUUUUUAAUUGUUGGAUGUUGGCUUAUUGGCACAGCAAUUGCUGGCCUUCCCAUGGUUGAUGGUUUUGGGUUUGCCUCUCAUACAAUCCAAAAAUUUAGUGGAGAGUGUCACUUUACUGUGGUUGUAGACUACCGUUUUCUAGUCUUCAUCAUCUUCUUCGGGACAAUUAUACUCCCAUCCAUAGUUAUAGCAUAUUGUUAUAUUUCAAUCUACAAAAGAAUACGUAGCGAAGAGCGCCAAAUAAAAUGUUUAUUACGAGCAUCAGAGCGUCAAAGGCGUAUUUCUGUUAGACGAAAAUUAAUUCGAAUUUUGCUGAUUUUGGUCUUAACUUAUGCUUUUUGUUGGUAUCCCCUUUAUUUAAUCAACACGGUAGAUUUAUUUUUGCCACCAACGUAUCAUCCAGGACAGAUGACGACUCUUUUUGCUGUUGUACUUUCACACCUAAAUUGUGCAUUGAAUCCCCUAAUUUACGCAUAUGGGAUGCCAGGCUUCAAGCAUUCCUUACGCCGUUUCUUGCCAGCCAAAGUCAAAAAUACAUGUACUCAACAGCCAGUAAGCACCAACAACGUUAACCACGUUACCCAUAAGAAUGUGAUUGCACAAUCUUUUGCGGUAAUACCCCCAAUGAAUUCGUUUGGAGGAGGCUAUGGACAGCCUAUGGGAACAAAGAGAAUAGCAACAACUAACAAUAAUAAUAUUUUGAAUAAUAAUACAAUAGAGAAUAAUAGCUUUAUUGAGCCAAAACAGAGUGAAACAAAAGAAGAUUUUGAAGGAAAAGGAGAACUAUUGUCGAAGGAAGUCGUUAAGAAUGAACCUCCCCAAACACCAUUUCCAACUCUUAACAAAACAUCUCUAUCACUACUCGAAAUGAAAAGAGAAAAUUUUCGCCUAAAAAGCAGAAUUGUAUUUUCUUCGUUUGACGAACAAUCACCAUCUUUAAAACAUUCUAGCACAUUUGAAACUGAAGAUAAUCCAAGUUUUAAUAAUAGUUUUGAAGAGAACAACAACAAAAAAGUUUCUUUUGUCAAGUUUAAACUUGAAAAACAUGAUGAAUGUUCGCCAACUUGUUGUGAUGACGAACAAACUUGUUUGGAAGAAGACAAACAUAAUUUCAAGUUUGAACUUGAAAAACAAAGUUUACCAACUUGUUUAGAAGAAGACAAACAUAAUUUCAAGUUUGAACUUGAAAAACAAAGUUUACCAACUUGUUGUGAUGAAGAGGAACAUAAUUUCAAGUUUGAUCUUGAAAAACAAAGUUUACCAACUUGUUGUGAUGAAGAGGAACAUAAUUUCAAGUUUGAUCUUGAAAAACAAAGUUUACCAACUUGUUGUGAUGAAGAGGAACAUAAUUUCAAGUUUGAUCUUGAAAAACAAAGUUUGUCCGGUUGUUGUGAGGAGGAAAACUCAAGUUCAGAUUUUGACGAACUCAACAACAACAAAACAGACGAACAACAAAAUAGUGAUAGAAAAACAUCAAAAAUGAGUACAUUCAGUAUAAGAAUAUUUAAUGGGCAAUGGCUUGUUAGGAAAAGAGGGAAAAAGUUUUCUGUGAGGGAAGAAGCUAAUAUUAAUGAAAAUGGAAAGUGAUUUCGUU